GCAGCAAUAAAAGCAGCCCAACUGGGCAUGAAAACCGUCAGUAUUGAAAAGAACCCUACAUUAGGUGGAACUUGCCUUAAUGUAGGAUGCAUUCCAAGUAAGGCCCUUCUCAAUAAUUCUCACUAUUAUCAUAUGGCACAUUCGGGUGAAUUAGCAAAACGAGGAACAAUAGUUUCUGGUGUACAACUCGAUUUACCCACACUUAUGGGAACGAAACUUACAGCAGUUAAACAAUUGACUGGCGGCAUUGCACAAUUAUUUAAGAAGAAUAAGGUUGACUUAAUCCAUGGUCAUGGUACGAUUACCUCUCCUAAUGAAGUCACUGCUACCAAAAAUGAUGGUACCACAGAAGUAGUAAAAACAAAGAACAUUCUUAUUGCUACUGGAUCAGAAGUCACACCAUUCCCCGGAAUAACAAUUGAUGAAAAAUGUAUUGUAUCCAGUACCGGAGCACUGUCUUUGGAAGAAGUACCAAAAAGAAUGGUUGUAAUUGGUGCAGGAGUCAUUGGCUUGGAACUGGGAUCUGUUUGGAGUAGACUGGGUUCUCAAGUGACUGCUGUGGAGUUUAUGACUUCUAUUGGUGGAGCAGGAAUUGAUGGAGAAGUUGCCAAGACUUUCCAAAAGGUUUUAACUAAGCAAGGACUUAACUUCAAACUAGGAACUAAAGUUAUGAGUGCUAAAAAAGAAGGAAAUGUCAUCAAAGUAGAAGUUGAGGAUGUCAAAGAUAAUAGUAAAAAGGAAACAUUGGAAUGUGAAGUCUUAUUGGUAUCUGUUGGACGCAGGCCAUAUACUGAAAGACUGGGACUGGAAGAAAUAGGAAUUGUGAAAGAUGAUAAAGGACGCAUACCAGUUAAUGGAAAAUUCCAAACAGUUUGCCCAAGUGUAUUCGCAAUUGGUGACUGUAUUCACGGUCCCAUGUUAGCACACAAGGCAGAAGAUGAGGGCAUUGUUUGUGUUGAAGGAAUGAAUGGUUAUCCAGUACAUAUCGACUACAAUUGUGUUCCUAGUGUCAUUUAUACCCACCCUGAGGUCGGCUGGGUUGGCAAAAGUGAGGAGGAUCUUAAAAAGGAGGGCAUAGAUUAUAAAAUAGGCAAAUUCCCAUUCAUGGCUAACUCCAGAGCGAAAACAAAUAAUGAUGUUGAUGGAUUUGUUAAAGUACUAGCAGAAAAAUCUACAGAUAAAAUUCUUGGAACACACAUUAUUGGACCAUCUGCAGGUGAAUUGAUCAAUGAAGCUGUUCUAGCUAUGGAAUACGGAGCCUCUUGUGAAGACAUUGCUAGAGUGUGCCAUGCGCAUCCUACAUGUGCUGAAGCUCUUCGAGAAGCAAAUUUGGCUGGCUACUUUGGAAAACCGAUUAACUUCUAGUGAUGCUGUGAGGAUAUUUUGUAUAAAUAGUUUUAUAAUUUUAGUUCAGCUAUUAUUGAUGAGAAACAUUUAUAAAACUCAUUUGUAAAUAUUUAUAAUGAAAAACCUUGUAUGAUCAAUGAUUUCAUCAUGCUUUGCAAUGUGAUUGUUGAGCACAAGUUUUAUUUAUAUUGAUUAUAUUUUUAAGUAUUUCAAUUAAUAUUGUUUCAUUGAUGUCUGCAACCAAUAAUUCCAUGU